UAUGAUAAAGACAGUGGUGGACCAAAUGUUAGUGCAUGAGCAAAACCCAACAAGAGCAACAUGCUACACGAUCGCCCGGAUGAUUGUGAGACUGGCCAAAAAGCUUUGCCGAUGUCGGACAAAAGGGAGAUAUGCUGGGAGACGGCUGCUACUCCCUUUUGCAACAAAUAAAAACAAGAGUUGAAUACAAAAAUAGGAAGCAAACUCUUCAAACUCGGCGACGCAGGCAGCGCAGGCCCUCCAAUGUGGCGGCAGAGGGGGCAAUCGCAAUGGCCAGAGGCCCAGUAGACCAGUACGGUUGUGUACGGUGGAGUGUCCGGAAGAACUUCCUGCUGGAGAGACGGAGGCAACCUUGGAAGAAAAAAAACAACAACUACAGAACGUCUACACAGAGGGAGGGAUGGGAGGGGCAGAAACGGCUGAACAUCUGAUGGAGAGGACCUACAUCACCCAGCGCCAGUUCAUAAACAGGGUGCCUGCACCAGCCAUUGUUGAGAUAAAGGAGGAAUGGCCAUUCCUAUUCUCGCAGAGAGGCCUUUUCUCCCACUUCAGUCUGCUGACGGAUGUCUCCAUACAAACAAAGUAUGAAGAGGCUAUGAACAGCAAGGGCAGUACCAUCAUUCGCUUUUGCCAGCAGCUCAACCGUCCAGGGAUCAAGGACGUCCUCGCUAAAUACGAGCCAGAGGCGUCAGACAAGGCUGCAUGUAUCCUUCUGCUACUGAUGGCAUAUUUCAAAGAACCGAAGAAUGCCACCAUGCUUGAGGCUGAUCCGUGUGCAACUGCCGCUGAUGUUGAGAGCACAGUGCCAUUGCUGAGCAACCCCUGCUUGAUUGUCGAAGGUGACAUGAUGAAGCCAACCGCAUGGAUGCUCAGCAUUGAACAGAAGGUUGUGGUGGGACCACACCACUCCUUCAGCAACGGAAUAGCUGCAAUUUUUGCAAGCUAUUAUUGCUUCAACCUGCAGUAUCCUGAGGAGGGCUCCUCCACUUUGGAGUUUAUCCAAAGGUGCUUCUUGAGCAUCAAUCCAGAGAGGGGCUCCAAAGCCAAGAAAAAGCGCGGGUUGAUGAACCCACAUGCGAGCACACUCUUGAGGAAGAUAUUGGACUUUGAAUGGAUUUCAAUGUAGGGUGAAAUGUGCCGUGACGUCAGCGUUACCAGAGAAACCGUUUUCACCUGUUUACGAAUUACCAAAACAGUUGUGUUUUCAAAAGAUUCCUCCCUGGGAGGGGGUUUCAAAAGUUCGUGGUUUCAAGCCUGCGUUUUCUGUUGUUUUCUGCUCUGUUGUAAUUUUUCCUAUAAGUAGAAAUGGGUCUGGGUUGUUAUUGGUUAAAAGUGAAGGCAAGUUAAAUGUAUUAAUGUUGAUUCAUUGUUUAAUUAAAUGUUGAAUUGAACAAAUUG